AUGUGGGCCUCGCCGAAGCAGGAGCCGAAGGGCUCAACGGAAGCGGACGAUCGGCAAAGCGCGCAUUCGCGCGUGAAGUGGGGAGACUGCCAGGACCGUUCUGAGGUUCGUGCCGCUGGAAGCCGAAGCUCCCAGGACGAUGACCGCGAGAGGAGCACUCCGGGUCUUCAGAAGCACAGCGCGAUGCAGGAGACGACCCAGCAUUCCUUGGCCGGCAUCGACGGCACGGGGCUGGUGUCGGGGAGCCUGGAGUUCUGA